GCCCCAUCUGGUUGCGCCAGACUUGCGAUUCUCAUUUUCAUAAAACUGGCAUUACGGUAGACCAGCAUGCCGGAGAAUUACUUACAAGCAUAUAUCGCCUCUCAGAUUCGGUAUACGAUAACACCAAUCUUUGUAUAAGUCAUAAGCCCAGGCAUCCCUACGCCCACAUGUCUAUCACUAUGACGACCGCUGCACCACAACUUUCUCGCGCCGCCGUGAAGGCCGCCACACCGCUUAAACCCAUCCUGAAGUCCUCUUCUUCCUUACUUGGCACGAGAAGAUCUAGCGACGAAGCCGACCUCGAUAAUAAUACCAUGGAGAACCCGCAAAGUCCCCGAAAACGCCAGAGAGUCGAGUUCGAUCUGAACAACAUCGAAGUCCACGAGAUAGGCGCGCGAUCGGUUGGCGAGAUCAAACAAGAAAUAAGGAAGGCGCUGGAUCGUCAUGAUCAAGGAGACGACGAAGACUACGACAUACUAAAGGAUACCUUAUCUGGAAAACAAUCAUACGACGACGAUGACGACGAUGAAGAUGUAGAUCCUACCAUCCCAGAGAGGCGGCGUCAGGAACUUAAGGUCUAUUUGGUCUCACUUUCCAGCUUCUCUCCGCGCCUAGGAAGAUCAUGCGACGGUCUAAUUAAGAGUGUUUUGCAAUGCCAGUGGCUUGGCCGAGAUGACCAAUUUGCCAAGAUCUACGUCCAAUUUCUCGCGGCUCUUGUCAGCGCGCAAGGGCCUCGUCUCACACAGGUCUUGAUAUGCAUCCUAGAAAGAUUCACCGACUCGAGACCUUCCGACUGGGCCGUCCCGAAUUACCCUACCGUCAGCCGCGAGGCUGCACAACAGAGACUACAUGUUGCUUUACGCUACCUAUUAUCACUAUUCCCUGCCGCCAAGCCUGUCCUAGAGCAAUUGAUGGCUACGAAAUAUCCUUUUCACGACGAAUCUAAGCGAAUGCAUCUAGCUUACGUGGAUAAUCUCUUAAGGCUGCGAAAAUACUGUCCCGACUUGAAGACGGAAAUCAUGGAUCUAAUCAUUAGUCGAUUGGUUAAAAUCGACGUGGAGAUGCAAAUGGACCUUGACGACAUGGAUGAUAGGCUUGCUGCAAUGGUUGCUAUGGCUCUGAAGUCCUCGCGCGAAAACGGCAACCAGGACGAAGAAGAUUCGGACGAAAGUGAUGCCGAGUCGGUAGUUAGCGAAGAGGAGGACGAGGACGAUGAAUACACGCGCGUCAAAACAGCCAAGGAGAGCAUUGAAAAGAUGGAUUAUAUUCUCGACACACUUUUCGACAUCUAUACACCCAGCUUCGCCGACCCGGAUUCCGAUGAAGCCCUAGAAGCGUUCGAAGACCUUCUCUCCGAAUUUUCUAACCUCAUACUACCGACUAUCAAAUCAAGACAUACCCAAUUCUUGAUCUUCCAUUUUGGCCAACGAUCCGAGAAGCUUAUCGACGCGUUUUGUGGCACUUGCAUCAAUAUCGCUUUCGAGUCACAACGUCCUCUGAUCCUACAACAAGCCGCAUCUGCAUAUCUGGCGAGUUUUGUUGCUCGCGGAGCGCACGUACCUGGUCAUAUCGUUGUUAAAAUUUUCGAGGUUUUAGGCUUCCACUUGGAUCAAAUGCGUACCCUCUACGAAACCUCAUGUCGCGGGCCUGACGUCCGUCGAUAUGCGCCAUUCUAUGCAUUAAUGCAGGCGUUAAUGUAUAUCUUCUGCUUCCGAUGGCAAGAUCUGAUUAGGUCAGUACCUGACGAAGUCGACAAGGAUGACAUCUCGUCAUACCUGGACCAGGAGAUUGAGUGGGAGUCGGAAAUCAAAGACAUAAUGAGGCGCAACAUCUACUCCAAACUCAAUCCCCUCAAGGUCUGCUCGCCAGUUAUUGUUAACCAGUUCGCGAAGCUAGCUCAUCGAUUUCGAUUCAUGUAUGUUUACCCAUUGAUCGAGGCGAAUAAGCGUCUUCGUUUGUCGCAAUUCUCGACCGGGGCAUAUUCUAGCGGGGGUGCUUUACGAGACUUGUCUUUUGACAUGAACGACGAGAGCUGGCAACAACUAGGCUCUUUCUUCCCGUUUGAUCCAUACCAGCUCCCAGUGAGUAAGCGAUGGGUCGAACAAGAUUAUUUGCAGUGGCGACAUAUUCCUGGACUCAACCAGGAGGAGCUAGAUGAUGAUAGUGAUGAGGAUGAACAGGAAGGAGAAAACGACGAAGAAGUCGACGAGGACACUGCUACUGACGACGAGGUCGGAAACGACGAAUAGGGCAAUGAACGGGAGGGCAUGGACUUUCUGGUUGCAUUUGGUCGGCGUUAGCAUUAGGCGAAGGUUAAGGAAAAGGAUGAUACCUGUAUUUAUGGGGCGUUUAAGGGAC